ACUUACGGCAAAACAUGGCGGCACGCUGUCGAGGCUGGUAAAGGAAGCGGGUAUUGAACUGCAGCCUGUUCGCUUGUCCUCUCCUCUCGCUCGCGGAGGGGUCCACGCGCUGCCGUAUAGCAGCUCCCCCCCCCCUCUCUCUCUCUCUCCUUGAGCCCCGGGACGGGUCGUGAGCGGCGGCCGGUGAGCAGACAUGGCGGCGCAGGGUGGCAUCUUGUUCCAGGAGAAGGUCAGCAGGAUGCUCAGCAGGCGAGACGGGAAACCGGUCCUGAAGCCGAACCGGCCUCUGGUUCUGAAAGAUCAGGUGGCGAACCGCAAGCUCAAGAAAGGAGAGGCCACCUGCAUCACCGAGAUGUCGGUCCUCAUGGCCUGCUGGAAGAUCAACAACUUCAAUGACGGUCUGUGCUCCACUGAGACGAGCUCCUUCUACUCCUGUGUGGAGAAGGCUCAGGCGGCGAGGAAGAGCCGGUCCGAGCAGAGCGGCCUCCAGGGAGGACGCCUGCACCCGAAAGAAGUCAACACCCUUCUGAGGAGAUACCCCAACCUGCGCACGGAGAUCUAAGGAUAAGACUUUUUCAAAAAACACUUCAACGCGGACCAGAAAUGUGCGGGACGUGAAGGAGUGACUGUAAUGAUUCAACAACGUGAUGUACACAUGGAUGUAAUAAAUAAAUAAAUGAGGGGAGGAGCAGAAACAAAC